AUGCAGUCAAAGGGACCUCAGUUGGAUAAAGCUAUCGCAGAAAAGGAGGAAAUGGGGAUCAUAGUUAAGAGCAUGGCAGUAAGGUUAAGCUUAGUUGAAGAAUUGUGGAAUAAAUUUUCUUUGUGGAAUCGAUUGCUUAGGGUUGUAGCUUGGUGUUUGAGGUUUAUUGGUAAUUCCAGGAAAUCUAAAAUUCUGUCACCCUACCUAAAAACAAGAGAACUUAAUCAGGCUCACAAAAUUAUAAUUAAGGCAGUUCAAAGUUCUGAAUGUCAUGAUGAAAUCACUAGGCUAGAAAGCCGUAGUUCCUUGAAUGUCUCAAAUAAGUUAUAUCAGCUAAGUCUUUUUUUUGAUGAAGAUGGACUUGUGAGAGUUGGGGAAAGAUUAAAAAAUGCAAAUUUGCCAGAAGAAACUAAAUAUCCACUUAUUCUUCCAAAAAGCAAUCACAUAACGAACUUACUUAUAAAUUAUUAUCAUUUAAAAUAUCUACAUGCAGGUUCUCAAUUGAUGCAUUCUGCCCUUCAUCAAAAUUAUUGGAUUAUUGGAGUGGUCAGUAAUUCAUAG